AUGUUUUAUAAGCCGCGAGCCCAGAGGUUGUGGGCUGAGAAUUACGACAGGAUCAGGGAGCUUCAUAAUAUCCAGAAUUUAAAUCAACAUGUUUUCAACACUCCUGCAAGGUCUGAUGAUGAUGAGAUUAAGGAUCUGGCGCUGAAGCUUUCAGGGAAGAAAAUCAAAGGUGGCACCUCCGAGAGCAUCAACGCAAGUUCAACCCCUGCUUUGGACUACACAAACCCCAAUCAAUCCCCAAUUGGUAACACCACCCCUGGAGGGCGUCAACCUCAACCACCAGCUGGUAGUGUAGCAUUGGUGGACAUGACUGGAUCCAACGAGUGGAUAGCACAGAUGGAGCCAGGUGUUCACAUCACCGUUGUGUCUCUUCCUACUGGGGGCAAUGAUCUCAAAAGGAUUCGCUUCUGGGAGCUUCUUAAUAUACAGACUUUAAAUCAACGUGUUUUCAUCACUCCUGCAAGGUCUCAUGAUAAUGAGAACUCGGGGGAAUCUGAACAAGAUAUCCCAAUGGCUUCAAUGCUGAACACGGAUUCGACUCCGGGGAAUUUCCAUGCACCCGCUGGGAAUAUGGGGUAUUUCCAUGGUGGAAUAUCAAGGGCUAACAACCCUACUGACAAUGACAUGGAUGCUGAAUGGGUUGAGCAGGAUGAUCCUGGAGUGUCAAUCACUGUGAAGAGGUCAGCUAAUGGGACCAGGCAAAUUCGCCGUAUCAAAUUCAGCCGGGAAAUUUUUGAUGCAGAUGCAGCCAAGGAUUGGUGGCUGCGCAACAGGGUUCGAGUUCAUGCUCAGUAUAUGUGA